AUGUUGCUUGUGAAGCCUCCUGUGUUCAUCUUCCUUUUCACCUGUAUCCUCCGAAUCGGCCACACCUGGUCAGUAAACAAUUUCCUGAUGACUGGUCCAAAGAAGGCUGGGAGAGUGGGCAGGAAAAGAGGUGCUUGGCCACUACAGGGCAAAUGUCUCCCGAGUUCAGCUGAGAGGCUGAAUUUUGACCCUUGUGUUUCUACGCAGGCUUACCUGAUAUAUUCCAGCAGUGUGGCAGCUGGUGCCCAGAGUGGUAUUGAAGAAUGCAAGUAUCAGUUUGCCUGGGACCGGUGGAACUGUCCUGAGAGAGCCCUGCAGCUGUCCAGCCAUAGUGGCCUUCGCAGUGCUAAUCGGGAGACAGCGUUUGUACAUGCCAUCAGCUCUGCUGGGGUCAUGUACACUCUGACUAGAAACUGCAGCCUCGGGGAUUUUGACAACUGUGGCUGUGAUGACUCCCGCAAUGGGCAGCUGGGGGGCCAAGGCUGGCUGUGGGGAGGCUGCAGUGACAACGUGGGCUUCGGAGAGGCAAUAUCCAAGCAGUUCGUCGAUGCCCUAGAGACAGGACAGGAUGCCCGGGCCGCCAUGAACCUGCACAACAAUGAGGCCGGCCGCAAGGCGGUGAAGGGCACCAUGAAACGCACGUGUAAGUGCCACGGCGUGUCCGGCAGCUGCACCACGCAGACCUGCUGGCUGCAGCUGCCUGAGUUCCGCGAGGUGGGCGCGCACCUGAAGGAGAAGUACCACGCGGCUCUCAAGGUGGACCUGCUGCAGGGUGCCGGCAACAGUGCGGCCGGCCGCGGCGCCAUCGCCGACACCUUCCGCUCCAUCUCCACGCGGGAGCUGGUGCACCUGGAGGACUCCCCGGACUACUGCCUGGAGAACAAAACGCUAGGACUGCUGGGCACCGAAGGCCGAGAGUGCCUGCGGCGGGGGCGGGCCCUGGGCCGCUGGGAGCGCCGCAGCUGCCGUCGGCUCUGCGGGGACUGCGGACUGGCGGUGGAGGAGCGCCGUGCCGAGACCGUGUCCAGCUGCAACUGCAAGUUCCACUGGUGCUGCGCCGUCCGCUGUGAGCAGUGCCGCCGGCGGGUUACCAAGUACUUCUGCAGCCGCGCCGAGCGGCCGCGGGGGGGCGCGGCGCACAAACCCGGGAGAAAGCCCUGAGGGUCUCCUUUCUCCCCUCCUUUCCCCAUUUGUCCUUGGCUUCUUUUAGAGACCCCAGUAAUAGAGGAACCUAGGGAACUGCCCCCCCCCCCACAUUCCCCUGCCCAGGGAUCCCAAGAGGGAGAGACGCUACAAUCUCUCCAGAGCUUGCCACUUUCCACCCCUUUCCUAGCUCUUUGCUCUCCUCCAGUCCAUCAUCACCCUGCAUCAUCCUCACGGUCCACACUUAGGUCUGAGGGCUCCCAGUUCUGAGAUUCUGAGCUUCUGAUUCUCCUUGGACUAGGAUGAGAAUAAGCGUUCCUCCUCCCCUUCCUAACUGCCCUAACGCCUGACCUAGCCUAUACAGCCGUAGGGAACCGGAAGAACACUUCUCCGAUAUACAGGGUCAGGCUAAAGCUCUGCUUCUCUCUUUUGCCCAUUUUCUUGCCCUCCCGCCAUUUCCCCAUUUUCCUACUGCCAGGUCUCUACCAUAGCCACAUCUUUUUUUUUUUUCCUGCAGAGCUCCUUCCAUGCUUUUGAUUCCUUGCUAACUGUUGACAGGCACCCCAGUGAUCUCGAAUGCUUCCUCUCUCCUUUUCCCUUUCCCUUAAGAAAAAUUGUGACAAAACUGAUGCAGGAGAAAGCAUGUCUUUGGGGGUCGUUUCCUAGAGGCAGGGCCUGAAGAUGGAAGCAGUGGGAACCCCAGAGUGCCGACUUGCUGGAAACCAGGGUGUUCCUCAUCCUUGUGAUACACGUCUCCAGUGGACUUUGCCAGUCAGACCUUCAUAGACAAUCACCCCAGGUGCUCCAGGCAGACCCCCCGUGUCUAGGAACUAUGUAAGGGCAGAUUACGAGUCACUUGCUAUCUUUUAACGUCAGCUUCUCCCUACUGUUUCCUCCUAGCCUCCGCCGUUACCUCUUCUCCUUCCCCAAAUGAUCCUUGUUCCUUUGAGCCAAGACUGAGCUAAGGAAUGUCAAUUUCCCAUUCAGAUCCCAGCUUGCACCUCUAAAAGCAGAUCAUAAAGCAGGAGAAGCUGGGACCCUUUCUUUUCACAAACCUGGAUCUCAAACAGGCAGGAUUCAGGGCAUUGGAUACUUUCCUUCAAUAGGUAAACUUCCUGCAGGGAAACUUUCCAAUAGGAAGUUCAGCACCUCGAACUUUAAUUUAUUACAGUCACUGUGAUAUGUGCCUUCUUUUCUAGGUAUUGAACUUAUUCCUGGGGACACAGGUAAGGGUGAGUGGAAGAUAGAACAUCUAGGCCCUCUCUUCCCUUCCACCUUGCCAGAACACUAUCCUCCCUUAAGCCUCACUUCCCUGAUGGCCUAAGUAGUUACACUGGUCUGUAUGAGGCUAAUCUGCCAACAAUUAGUGAAUAAUCCACAUAAAUCUUCCACCAAUACAUUCACUCAGUAGCUAAGAGCUCACUGCUUGUGGUGCUUGAGACAGAAGCAGUCCAGCAGGGACUUGCUUCUGAAAGAGGGCUCUGGAAAGAGAAGAGCCAAAUCCCUGACAGACUGCAGCCCAAGGAGCUUCCCAGCCAUCUCCCUUCUCCGAGGCUGGCCCUGGGUCUGGGCAUGGGGCAGCUGUUUAGGAGAACUGGUCAGAUGCCAGACCACCUCAUCCUAUCUCCCAGAGUAGGAGACAGCACAGAAAUGUGGCUCUCAAUAGGUAACAGGGGCUGAGGCUUUAGGGGCCAACCCGGGACAGUGGAAAGAUUCCUCUUAUAUUCCAGACUGGGGCAGUGGCCAGGUCAGACCCCAAACCCCUAGUCUCUUCCCUACAUAUCCUCUGGUCGAUGAACACUUACUGAGGAGAGAGGUUGCCUGUCCUUCCUCACAGGGACACACUGCCCUUCAGGGUCUCCUAUUGCUUCAUUUCCAGUACAAUCAGCAAAAGGCCUUUUGCUCAGUCCCUCAGCUUUGAUCUGAGCCUGUUGAAUCUCUCAACUUGACCUUUCCUAAUCAAGCAGCAACAUAUACUAACCUGGCUGUCCCACUUGGCAGAAUUACUUGACAGUGUGCGGUAAGAAAAUCUGGCAAGGCAGCUAGAAGAUACAAAAGUACAAUAUCGUACAGGAAAGCUGCAUUCUCCAGGAGGUCUCUCAGCACAAAAGUAGGACUAUUGUGCUUCGUAUUUGAUAAUUCCAGCUCAGUACUUGAAACCUGUCAUGCUGCCAGAAAGUUCUUUCAUAGGGGGUUGUUUUGUAUUCCCAAAUGGCUAUAAUUGAUACCAGCUUCAUCUGAGUUCUAUAAAGAAAACAUUACUGAGCUACCUUAGAUCUGCAUUGCUUUUUUUUCCUUUUUUGCAUUAUCCAUUCAUUCAUUUGGUCAUUCAACAAACGCUGGAGUGCA